ACACACCCACCCACCAAAUACUGUCUGUCUGUCUGUCUGUCUGUCCAUUUGGCCAAAGAUUCGUAACAGCCUAAAUGUGUAUUAAACAAUUUGCCAAAGCAAUUUUAAACUAUAUAGCUGUACAAAUUGGGGCAACAUCAUUAGACCCCCAAAGGCUAAUAAAAUGCUAUGCUCUAACUUGGGGACAGAAAGAAGCUAUUGGCAUGAACCAGGCCUCCAAAGGAAAGGCACUCCAAAAGCAGCAUGCCACAGCAGAAAAGUCCCUCUCCCAUGUCUGUUGUGCUACUGUGUUGCUCCCGUUGGUGGGACACAGAAGACCCCAGUCUUUAGGAAGGCAUAUAUAGGGAGAGCCACUGUUACCAAUGUCAAGGUCCCAGCCAUUUAGGGUUUGUCACCAGCAUCUGACUUCACCUUGGGAGCAUACUGGCAACCACUGUAAUACUUUUUAAAACUGCCAUGUGCUUUCUACAGCACAAAUUGUACAGUUCUCUGCAAAGGACCAUUUUGAGAGCAGCCCCCAUGUGAUACAUAUUAGAGUUACCCAAACACAUGUGUUACAGAGCCAGGUUAAAAUUUCUAGGAAGCAGGUAAGACAGGUAUAGGCUGAGAUCCUACAUCAUGUAGGUGAAGCAUCACAUUUUGCUUGCACUGGUGUCAUGGGUGGCAUGGCAGAGGCUGCUGCUUCUCUCUCGGAGAAAGCAACUUCCUAGUCGCAGAUCACAGUCCCAUGGCCAUUUAGAUGCUAAGGAAAGGUAUGGGGGACAUCAUCAUCUAUACAAUGCCAUCAAUUUACAUGGUGCUUUACAGGUACAACAAACGAAAACUGAAUCUUGCCAAAGGCAUAUCACUGUGUGUGUAUACACAUCACUGCAAAGAGAAGGAAAGAAUAAGAAAACUACAAUGUAGCUCUUACCUUUCUGCAUUUCCAACAGGGUAUCAGGAGAGCAGUAACUGUUUUUCUCCUGGAUACAGCUCGAUGCUGCCUGGAUGUCCCAUGCCCUACACAAACCAAGAGACUUGAUGACAAGAUACAAAGUGGGUCUGCCAUCCUCCAAAGAAAGCUGGACAGGGGCAUUACCUGCUACUGAGAUGGUCCCUUAAGCUGCCUGGCAUCCUUCAGCCCAGAAAACGGACCCAGGAGAGCACUGUUCGCACAGUGCCCCAGGGAAUGUCUUAGAGUACACUUGUGGGUUUCUUUUUGUGAGGAGGAGAAGACAACAUUUUAAAUACAAUAAACAGGAAGAGAAGAGCUAUGCAGAGAUGCCAGCUUUGCCCACACUCUUGUUCCUGAUGCUCGGCUUUCAGGGCAGCCUUCUGUGCCCCCAGAGCUGUGACUGCCCACCUGAGAGCGGUGUGGUGUGGUGCAACCGGCGGGAUCUGGUGAUCAUCCCAUUUGACAUUCCUCGCGACACCCGUGUCCUUUACCUUGACUCCAACUGGAUCACUCAUGUACCAAAUGGGGCCUUCCAUGGCCUGAAACAGCUUCGUGAACUCCACCUUGCAGACAACCUCAUUCAGAGCAUUGCUCCAGGGGCCUUCCGGGGCCUGGGUGGGGGACUAAGGCUGUUAGACCUGUCAGGCAAUCAACUACAAAGAAUGGAGGUGACUCCUUUCAUCAUGUUGGCAUGGGUUCGGCUGGAGCUCUACGACAACCCCUGGCACUGUGACUGCUCCAUGCAGGAACUGAUGGGGGCCCUCCCCUUGGACCCUGAAACAGUGGAGGACAUUGUGUGUGUCACAGCCACUUGGCAGGAGUAUGCAGGCAAGACCCUGGCCCACCUGCUCAGCUCAGGCAUCAACUUCUGCCUCAGUCAACAGAGGAACACUGACCUAGCAAUGCUGCUCACCAUGUUUUGUUGGUUCACUGUGGUCAUCUCUUAUGUUGUCUACUACGUCCGACGCAACCAAGCUGAGUCUCGGCGCCACUUGGAGUAUCUGAAAUCCCUGCCGCUGCCUAGCAAGCAGCCAAGCCCAGAGGAAGAGGAAGCGGAAGAAGAUGACACACUCAGCACCAUCCUCUGAGGGCUGGAAUUGUACAAGAUGGAGCUGCACAACAAAUGCACACUUUUCAGGGAUGCUCCUGCCCCAUCUGCGCAGCUACAGCCACUUUCCUUUGACUGCCUCCUUCCUCUCCCUUGCAGCUGCAUAUUACAUCAGGGCUGAGCAAUGCCCUCUGCAAGCCAGCGAACCCUCAGUUCAGACCUUUGGCAAGACCAGCAGUCUACUAGGCAGAGAGGAGGUAAAAGAGAAAUGGAGAAUGAAGUGGGGACAGCAGAAAGAGAAAAAAGAAAAGAGGGUGACAGAGAAAAAAUAGGGUGUCACCAACCACUUUGGCUCUUGUGCUGCCCAGCACUGGAUAGGACCUCAUCCUUGCAUUGUGGUUGGUGUUACUGUGCACCUUCAAGUUGUUCCCGACUUAUGGCAACCUAUCAUGGAGUUUUCUUGGCACAAUUUGUUCAG